AAGAUGACUUUUUUUGUCUGUGGAGGCAUGCAAGUUUAGUAGCAGUUGCUGCAUCAAGAGGGUGAUCAGAAUUUUGGCGUCUCCUGCCCGAUGCCGCUUUUGGUGUCAUCUUCCAGACUAGUUCAUUUGAAAAAUGCAACGAGAGUUUCUGUAUCUCUGGUCGGGUGCACGACCACCAGCUGUAGGAGCACCGGUUCGCGGGUCGCUCCUGCUUCCCAUGCCGGUAAUUUAUUUUCCUCUGGUGCACGACGCUCCUCGAGACCGAUGCGAAACGCAAACGCACCACCGACCUCCGGCUCCGCCCGGCGCUGGCUUAGCGGCUCAGACGAGAAAAAUUCGUCCCCGGGGGCUCCGCCUACUCCUACAGGAGGCAAUACAUCCGAAUCCGGAGGGGACGACAAGAACGAUGGACAAGAAGAAGUCCAGCAAACAUCUCACACUGGGUCCUCGCAAAUGCAAGCGUCAACAUCCUCAUCGUCAAAACCGCCCGCCGGCGUCGAAUUCGUCAUCCCGUCCGAAUUUGCCAAGCUGAAGGCACCCAACGAAACCGUGAGCCAGGUGAUUGAAGCCUUGGAGCAUUUCUGUGAGGAGCUACCGGGCGAGCCACCGGCUCUGCAGUACGAUGCCGACGGUGCGGUCCGCCGAACGUAUACGAGCUUCGUCACAAAGUGCAGCGUUUCGCCCAGCAGAGGGGCUUUUGCGGAUCGAGAACUACUAUGAAUUGCAAAAGUAUCGUACUCGUAUAAAUGCAUUACAAAUUUCCUCCGCAUGAGAAAUAAAAUUUGUAAUGCAGAUUUGCCUUGGGAACAAGAUUUGUAAUGCAAGACUUGCAUUUGUACGAGUGCGAUACUUUUGCACAGGAUAACUACACGAUGACGACCAGGAACAGGUGCUAGAGGUAUGCAUUGCAAAUAUGUCUGGGUCUGGAAAGAAUUGGAUUUGUGAUGCUAGGUGUCGAUCACAAAAAAAUCUGUAUUGCAUGAGAGGCCAAAGGCGCUCAGAUUGUUGCCGCUCACAGAGGGCAUUUUUUAUCAUGCAGAAGAGGCAUGAGCAAACCUACUCUGUGAUGAAAGCUGUGACGCUAGAAAAUGCAUCACAGGCAUCGGAGGCCAUGUACAAUUUGCAUGACAAACAACUCCCCAAAUCUACUUCCAGGCCCAGACAAACAUAUUUGCAUUUGAUAACCGGCUCUGCAGUGCGAUGCGGACGGUGCGGUCCGGCGAACGUAUACGAGCUUCGUCACAAAUAUGGAAGCGUCAGGUUUGAAAUCGUCAGAGUUGAAAUAAUUUGCGACGCAUAAAAUGCAUGACCCGCGGCACGUGUGUUGCAGAGCCGAUUGUAAGCCUGUUUGGGGCUACAGCUCGAGCUGCUAGAGUAGCGUGAGAAAAUCGCUCUUCUUUGCCUAAACAGCAUGACAAACUGGAUUUAGGGGCCACCAAGAUUUGUCAUGCGCCACUUAGAAACUGGGUUCCAACUGGCAUCCAUUUUAUGCAUGACAAAUUAUUUCAACUUUGUCGAUUUCAACUCUGACACAUCCAUAACAAAGUGCAGCGUUUCGCCCAGCAGAGGGGCUUUUGCGGAUCGAGAGCUACUAUGAAUUGCAAAAGUAUCGUACUCGUAUAAAUGCAUUACAAAUUUCCUCCGCAUGAGAAAUAAAAUUUGUAAUGCAGAUUUGCCUUGGGAACAAGAUUUGUAAUGCAAGACUUGCAUUUGUACGAGUGCGAUACUUUUGCACAGGAUAACUACAGGAUGACGACCAGGAACAGGUGUUCAAGGAUCGUCCGCGUGGUGCUGAGAGCUCGCGAGAAAAUUCACCUUCAGUUGUUGGGUCGAGGGAAGCACACGAAGUAGGUGACAAAGAAAUGGACGACCAGCAUGAACAUGAUCAUGUCGCUCAAAGCGCUCCUGGAAUAAAGACGACGACGGACGACGACGAAAGGCAAAGAGGGAAACACGACUACAGCAUGGUCCACGGUGCAAGCAUCCCGAUCAUGCAACCGGCGGAGACUACAUCGCCCAGCACGACUACGCCCCCGCAUGAAGAUCCUGAACAAGCAACGCGAUCGCCUCCCCGCGUCUUGCGCCGUUUUUUAUCCGUUGCAGAAGUACUUAUCGACGUACGAGCAAAUAAAAUUGUAUUUAUACAAGCUUGCUUGGCAUGAAAAGUGGAGUUUCUAUGUUGAUUGGCAUAAGCGCAACUAGACUACACGGAUAGAUCAUCUGUCAGGCAGUAUUGCAAUUUACUACGAGUGCUAUAUAUACUUUUGCACAUGAUAUGUUUUCGAUGUUUCCAAUUCUUCAUCGUCCAAUGCCAGAGGGGCUUUUGCGGAUCGAGAGCUACACGAUGACGACAACGAACAGGUGCUGGAGGAUCGUCCUAAUUUAUGUCUUCAACGGUCGUUAGCAUAGAGAAGGGUGAAUUUGCAGUGAAUCUGUAUUGCGUGGCGUGAUGCAGAUGCAUGAAUUAAGGGGCGUAUGAAGAACACGAGGAGGACACCAGGCAGUCAGUGUUCCGGGUAGUUGAAAGGCUAGCACUUGCGCGGUGCCAUUUGGAUGGGGACGCUCUCUGUCAAAGCCUAAAGUAGAGACGCACGUCUUUGCUGCAGGGUGCGUUGCCAAGAAGCAAAGGCGGCCCGUGGCGGUCUCACAAUACAACACUGCCUCUGCGGGGUCCAUAGUGGGUCGAGAGGGAGGGGGCCGAAGCCUCAACAGGAGAGGGGCACUGGGUCAACAUCUAAAUGGGUAGCUCUCACGGGUUGCGGCUGGCUCGGCUUGAAUGUCUGGAGACAUGUUGCAAUGGAGGCUGGCCUCAGCCCGUCUAUAUUCUGCCGGAAAGGCCGGGAGAGUUCACGCACCUGCCCGAUAGACGCGUCAAAGCUUUCGGCCUGGUCCUUUCGCCCUUGCCUUCGCGCCUUCUUGCCUAAUUGCAUUUGCUUCGCAGCACUUUCUUUUUGGCGUCUCUGCCGCGGCUGCUGCAGUGCUCGUAUGCGAGCACAGGGAGACGAAUAGACAUGGCCAAAGAACGGCACCCAGGCCAUGUCUAGAAGCUGCCCGCCGCAUAAGCCUUGAGUUCUGCGGUGUGCAGAACGCACUUCCCAGAAGGGCAAGAGGGACAAAGUACCGGCGGACCCGCCUGCAAUUUGUCAUGCAAAAUUCACUACAAAUGCGCAACUUCUCAUGCUACCGGGUGUUAAAGCUCUAGGUCCUAAUGAUGUCGUGCAAGACGCUCCUGGAAUAAUAAACACGACACCGGACGCAAGGCAAAGGGGGACUUUUGCGGAUCGAGAGCUACAGGAUGACGACCAGGAACAGGUGUUCAAGGAUCGUCCUCACGAUGUCGCUCAAGGCGCUCCUGGAAUAAAUACGACGCCGGACGAAAGGCAAAGGGGGAAAAACUACAAAAUGGUCGACGGUGCAAGCAUCCCGAUCACGAUGCACCCGGCGGAGAGUUCUACAUCGCCCAGCACCGCGACUACGCCCCCGCAUGAAGAUCCUGAGCAAGCAUCGCGAUCAUCGCCUCCCUGCGUCUUGCGCCGUUUUUUAUCCGUUGCAGAAGUUGUACUUAUCGAAGUACGAGCAAAAAUUGCAUUUAUACAAGCUUCACCUUGCUUGGCAUGAAAAGUGGCGUUUCUAUAAUAUGUUGAUUGGCGUAAGCGUACUACACGACGGAUAGAUCUGUCAGGCAGUAUUGCAACUUACUACGACCGAGUGCCACACCUUUGCACGUGAUAUGUUUUCGAUGUUUCUAAUUCUCCAUCGUCUAAUGCGAUCAAUCUGGACAAACGAAACUUGUCCGACCUGGACUUCUUGAUCGUUGCAAAGCUCCUCCGCUUCGCCCCAAACGGGUCCUACAUAACGACGUUGAACCUGAACGACAAUGCAGGCGGUGACCGCGGACUGGAGUUUCUCGUCGACCAUUAUGCAAUACAAAUUUCCCGUAGAUGUACAAGAUGCAUCACAAAUUUCCCCAAUUGGGAGUGCGGAACUUGUCAUGCUAAACUAGGAUCGAAGCCAAGUUUUGCCAUGCAGCUCCCGACUGGUUGGUACUUUUAUUGGGGCGACUUGCCGUGGUAGCGCUCGGCUUUUGUAUGAUGAGGUCGCCGAAAGUGCUUCCUCGCCCACCCCCCCGGGGAGGGGAUCCUUGACCUGUGGCGCUGGGAGCGGGUGUCCACUACAUGAUGAUGAUGAUGAUGAUGAUGCAGAAACCGCAUUUAUUGUACGUCGUGUACAGGAACAAUUUACUAUGGAUUGCCAUGUCUUGGUACCACAGCAGGGACUAUCAAAUGUAAAAAUGUCUGGGUCUGGAAGAAUGCAACUUGUGAUGCUGCAGUUGGAUUCCAAAAAAAUCUGUAUUGCAUAAGUACCAAAGGGAAUGCAAUUUUUGCUCCGCUGAGAAGGCAUUUGCCAUGCGGAAUAGGCAUCAGGAAGCCCUCAGAAAACCUGUAUUGCUAGGGUUUGCAUCACAGACAUCAUGGCUCAUGCAAAACGUGCAUGACAUAUGUCAGAAUCUUCCAGACCCAGACAUUUUUACAGUUGAUAGGGACGUGGACCUGCUCCUGGUGACGUUGGACCACGACCUGGUAAAAUAAAUCCUGGUGGAGUAGGACUGAAGUCCCUGUUUCUUUCGAACAAUCAUAUCUCGGACCCGAAAGCGGUCCAGCGCCUGGCGGGUAGUUUAAAGCGGAAUUUUUCGCUACAAACUUUGGAGCUACGGAAAAAUAGGAUCGACGACGAGGCGGUGGCCUUUUUAGCGGAUGAGUGUCUCAGGGAAAACUCGGGACUGCAAUACGAAAUAGAAACUGGUUUUUGAUGUAGUACCGCUGCACGACAACGACAAGUUUGCACAACACUCAGAAAAUGAUGAAAGAAGUGCACGUGGAAACAACUCAAUAACACAAGAAAAAGGUCUUCACACACAUACUAGGCAACCUAAAUUCCUACCAUGGUCAGACUGCUCACGCUGCUCGUGAUUACGAAUGACAUAUGAAAACACGAGCUUUUGAUUUGUCAUGCUACGUCAACAUCACCUGUACCUGUAGUACGUCUUGUGUCUGUGCGGUCAAAUGCUCCCUUCUCGUGGAUAUGCAAGAUUUGUUUUUGACGAAAAACGAAAUUUCGGACGCGGGAGCAGUGAAGCUACUCACGGCAGUACUGGAAAAUGCACGGAAGCGGGCUGCAUUUCUUGCUCUAUCUAAGGGUGGCAGCGGCACGGAGAACAACAUUGUGCAGAAGGAGCGAUCUUCAUCAACUGGAGCAGGAGCAGUGGCGGGAAGAGAGCGGCCGGGACGACAUGACGGCAGCACUACUAGUAGAUCUGCUGGAGGCUCCUGUCGUGUGUGGCUUGGAGACAAUCCAAAAAUUAGUAUCGACACGAAGCUUUUCAUUACUCAGCAGCUGAUCGAGCUAGGAGUUCCAAAUUUGAUCAAAUUUGAAAAAGAGUUCCACAGAAAAUUCCGAGAAAACAUGAAAACAGACGAGAAUGCAGCUGGUGAUGUCAGGAUUUUUGGAAAAAGCAAAAGAAUAGAACCAGAUGGAAAUAAGGAAAAAUUGUUGCACGACUUCUACUGCUCUUUCUAG